AAAUACAACAAAGGAAGAGAUUGAGAAUUAUCAUCAACGCGUUAUGCAAUUAUUGUACAACCGAAAAAAGAAAUAAAGUAGUAAUAUAAUAACGGGAGACCUUUUUCAUAUAUAAAGAAUGCAUCAAUUCUCGAAUCAGCGACCUUCAUCAUCAUCGUCUUCUUCUUCUUAUACCAUGUCUGUUUCUGGUAUCCAAGGCCAGCUUCUUGAAGUUACUGUUAUUGGUUGUAACAAAUUGAAAGAUACAGAAUGGAUUUCUAGGCAGGAUCCUUAUGUUAUUGUGGAAUAUGGUAGCAAUAAGUCCCGUACAAGAACCUGCACAGAUGGUGGUAAAAAUCCUACAUUUCAAGAGAAGUUUAUAUUUAAUUUAAUUGAAGGGCUAAGAGAACUGAAUAUUGUGGUUUGGAACAGCAAUACAUUGACAUAUGAUGAUUUUAUUGGCAGUGGAAAAGCUCAAUUGCAGAAGGUUCUAUCAGAGGGGUAUGAUGAUAGCACUUGGCCACUUCAAACUAAAACUGGCAGAUAUGCUGGAGAAGUGAGGCUCAUUCUGCAUUAUGCAAAUGCCAAAAAACCAGCAACAAGCUUCGCUCCUUCUGCUCCACCAUACGCACCACCUGUUUCACAUGCCUCACCAUAUUCAGUACCACCUCCAGCAUCAGGAGCUUCUUAUGCACCACCAACCACAGCUUACCCAACUCCAGCUCCUUAUCCUUCAUACUCACCUAAUCCAGCAUAUCCACCAUCUGCGUACCCCCCUCCACCGUUUGCUUAUCCCCCUCAGCCAUACCCAUCACCUUCGACAUACCCUCCACAACCAUACCCACCACCUCCGCAUCCUUCCCCCUAUUAUCCUCCAGGUCCUUUUCCUGGGCUUUAUCCUCCUCCACCUUACUAAAAACGUUCAGCAAACAGGUCCAGAUGAAGAUGCAACAUUUGGAACCUACCGCCAUGCAUAGUGGCAUUAGAAUUUUAGUCUUGGCAGUGAUACUUCUCCAAGGGCAAGUCUAAGUGCAACAGUAAUGAUAAUCUAUUGUGACUUGGAAUGUCAACGAUUCAAACUGGAAAAAGAGCCUCUUCGCGAUAGAAGGCAGCACUUCAUUUGAUCCUCUUCAGAACCUGUAAUGGGUAUGCCUCCUGUGCAGGAUGCCCUUUUAGUUAUACUCACGGAAAUCUGAUGAUCUUUGUCUUCUCUAUGACAAUUGUCCAUAGAAUGUUAAAUGUAUUGCAUUUUACAGAUAGUUAAAUGUAUUCUCAUUAUCGGUAUGGCUUUGCAUGAAGCUGAUAUGAUCCUCUAUUUGAAUUGAUUGACCGAAAUGAGAAAAGUCAAAAUGGAAUGAUUUCUCGCGUUAAGUUUCA